UAGAAGGGCGUUUGUAAAGUGUCCUUGACAAUAAAUUUGAAUAUCUGAAGCCAUUGCGGUUUUUGCUCUGUAUUGGUCUAACUCGUGUUCGGGAGAACUGAGGCAAAGCAGCAACACAGACUGAGAGCUGAGGAGGCUGAACAUGAAGAGAGGCCACGAAUUCAAUGGGCCAUGGAGACUGAGCUGUACCCUCAUACUUACUGCAGUGGUGGUCUCUCCAGAUCAGAACAGAGGCAUGUUGCCAAAAGAAUUUAAUAUAAGUUGCAGAUAUGCAGGGGUUUUCCAUGUUGAGAAAAAUCGUCGCUACAAUCUCACACGAAGUGAGGCAGUUGAACUCUGCAGAGCUCUCAAUAGUACCCUGCCAACAAUGGAACAGAUGAAGAAAGCUCAUGAAUUAGGAUUUGAAACUUGCAGGUAUGGUUACAUAGAAGACAAGAUUGUAAUCCCACGAAUCAAGCCAUAUUUUCUUUGUGCAGCAAAUAACACUGGAAUUUACAUACUCACUUCAAAUAUAACAGACCGGUAUGACACAUAUUGUUAUAAUGCAUCAGAAACUAGGGAUAUGGCAUGUGAACCAAUCACAAAACUAAAUGAUUCUUGGCAUGAUAAUCAAAGCCGAAUAGUCAUAGAUAAUGCGGAUGGCUCACGUUACGCUGAUGGUGUGAAACAGCCUGACCCAACUCCAGUUACAGAUGAUAAUCAUGUGGGUAGUGGUUCAACACAUGACGGAGAUACAACAAACCCCACCAUCAUCAGAAUUCACACGUCUGGUGCCCCAUAUUAUGAAGAUAUAACCCCAGAUGCACUGUCAACAGAUUAUUCUUCUGUGUCGGGCAGAAAGGAAUAUCAUUCCACAAGUACCAAUGAUAUUGCAAUACCUUUCGAUGACAAGCCGGGUGAAGAUUCAACCAUGAUGUCACUGAUAACUGAUGGUGUUCCUGGAAAAGACAGUGAUCAUCCUAGCAAAGGACAGCAUCCCACAAGUACUAAUCUCAGCUCACAUGAUGAUGGUGCAGAUGGUGAAGACUCAACACAGGAUCCGUUAAUACCAGUAAUUUCCCUCGGAGGGGACAACAGUGAUGACAAGGAACAGCACCCUCCAAGUAGCACUGUGAACCCGGAUCAUGGUGCACAUGAGGAAUCCUCCAGCCAACAUGAGGGGAAUCCGUCCCCUGACAUUUGGUGGUGGUCCAAUACAGAUUACAAGGAGCAGCAUCCAACCACAGCAACUAAGGAUGAGGAUUCACAAGAAAUUGAAACAGAUGAUGAAGAUUCACUGCAAGAUCCAUUACACUCUGGAUGGGACACAAAUGAUGACACGGAACAGCACCCUCCAGUUACCACUAAGGAUGUGGAUUCCCAUGGUGAUCCCAAGCGUAUAGAAUCAACCCAAGAGCCUUUGUUGCAUAAUGUUUACCAUGGAGGGGACAAAGAUGAGGACAAGUAUCCCACAAACACUACUGUGGAUAGUGUGAAGCCUGAACUUUUCCCUGCAAAGGAAAGAGAUCAUUCUUCUUCAAGUGAGAUGGUGAAUAAUGAAAUAGGACUCAACACAUAUACUCCUACAGCAGUUGUGGUCUCCAAUGAAGGUUCCAAAAAUGAAGAUGCAACCCAAGAUCCUUUCUUGCAUAAUGUUUAUCUUGGAGGGGACAAAGAUGAGGACAAAUAUGCCACAAACACUACUGUGGAUAGUGUGAAGCCUGAACUUUUCCCUGCAAUGGAAAGAGAUCAUUCUUCUUCAAGUGUGACAGUGAAUAAUGAAAUAGGACACAACACAUAUACUUCUACAGCAGUUGUGGUCUCCAAUGAAGGUGCCAAAAAUGAAGAUGCAACCCAAGAUCCUUUCUUGCAUAAUGUUUAUCUUGGAGGGGACAAAGAUGAGGACAAAUAUGCCACAAACACUACUGAGGAUAGUGUGAAGCCUGAACUUUUCCCUGCAAUGGAAAGAGAUCAUUCUUCUUCAAGUGUGACGGUGAAUAAUGAAAUAGAACACAACACAUAUACUCCUACAGCAGUUGUGGUCUCCAAUGAAGGUGCCAAAAAUGAAGAUGCAACCCAAGAUCCUUUCUUGCAUAAUGUUUAUCUUGGAGGGGCCAAAGAUGAGGACAAAUAUGCUACAAACACUACUGUGGAUAGUGUGAAGCCUGAAGUUUUCCCUUCAAUGGAAAGAGAUCAUUCUUCUUCAAGUGUGACGGUGAAUAAUGAAAUAGGACGCAACACAUAUACUCCUACAGCAGUUGUGGUCUCCAAUGAAGGUGCCAAAAAUGAAGACCUGACCCAAGAUCCACUGCUGAAUGGGGCUCAUUCUGGAUGGAGCGAUAAAGUCAAGUAUUCCACAAAUGCUACUAGAGAUGAUGUAUUACCUGGAGUUAUUCCUUCACGUGGAAGUGAACAUUCAACUACAGCUGUGGUCUCCAAUGGCGGGACCAAACAUGAAGACUCAACCCAAGAUCCACUACUGCGUACUGUUCAUCCUGGUUGGGGCAAUGCAGACAAGUAUCCCACGAAUGUCACUAGGGAUGAUGUGCUGCAUGGAAUUAUUCCUCCAAGUGAAAAUGAUCAGGAAAAGGAAUCUUCUCAUACAGCUGUGGUCUCCAGUGAUGGUGCCACACAUGAAGGCUCAACCCAAGAUCCAUUGUUGCACAGUGUUCAUCCUGGCUGGGGCAAUGAAGACAAGUAUCUCACAGCUACCUCUAGGGAUGAUGUGCUACCUGGAAUCAUUCCUCUAAGUGAAACUGAACAUAAAAAUGAAUCUUCUCAUACAGCAGUGGUCUCCAAUGAUGGUAUCAAACAUGAAGACUCAACUAAAGAUCCACUGGCACCAAGCAUUCAACCUGGAGGGGAUAAUGAAGACAAAUAUCCCACAAACAAUCCCAUUGAUAAUUUGAUACCUGGAGUUUUUUCUGACAUUGAAAGUGGAGAUGGCAGAGGACCAGCUUCUACAGCCACCAGUUUUAUAACUAACAAACACGGUGGCAGAAGAGCAAAUCCAUCUGGACAAGUCACAUCACCAAAAAUAGAUUCACAGCCAAGAUCAGCCCAAGUACCAGAAUGGUUGAUCAUAGUGGCUUCUCUUCUGGCACUGACAUUGAUUCUGGCAGUCUGCAUUGCUGUCAACAGUCGGAGAAGAUGUGGGCAGAAGAAGAAGCUAGUGAUUAACAAUGGCAAAGGGUCAGUGUCAGACAAGAAGAUGGGUGGACUGAAUGGAGAAGCCAGCAAAUCUCAAGAAAUGGUGCACUUGGUACAUAAAGAACAGCCAGAUAAUCGAACAGGACCAUGUGAUGAAUUCCUGACCACAGAUGAAACGCAAAAUCAGCAAGAAGCUAACAUGAAGACUGGGAUGUAGUAGUGUUGGGCCAUCUUGUAGAUCAAGAGUUGGGGAAAUCAAAAUCACAUGGAACUGGGCCUGGAACUCACAGAUGCAAUGUGCUACUGAUGUCUUUUGAGCAUAAUUAAGCGUACAUUUUAUUCUUCUUUUUAAUAUUUUUAAAAGUCAGGUCCAAAUUUUUAAAAAUUGACAUUGCUUUCUGAUAUAAGUGCCUGAGACUUGCAUAAAUUUGGCAGUUCCCAUUUCCUACCUGGAAGACACUUAUAUGUGAGGAGGGCUGCUAGUUGAAAUCAUAUUUUCUCCAGUUGCAGCACCUUCACUAAGUGGAAAUACAGAAAUAUCUAGUCACUCCAUCUCAAAGGCAUUUAUGGUAAUAAAUGUCUAGAGAAAAACAGAGUUAAAGAAAAAAAGGGCUUUGGUAGAGUCUGUAUUACACCAGAAUCUUUUAAAAUCACCUUCCAGCCCUGAGAAGUUUGUCAGGUGCAUUCAGGAUCUGCAGGUAUAGGCAAACUGUGACAUUUUAGAAUGAUUACAACUAGGGUUACAAUGAGAGAACCCCAAAAGGACAAAACUAUUUAUCUCUAUUUUUUUAAAUGCCCAUGGAUAUAUAAUGCCAAUAAUUUUUAUUGGAGUGAGUGGGAAAAGACACGAAAACUUGAGCUGAUACAUAAUAAAUGUCUGUUCUUUAUUAUCUUAACAAUCUGUGCAGUUAUCCUUCAGUUUCAAAACUGUCUGUUGCUGUUCCCCAAUCAAUCAUAUUUUGAGUAAGUUCCCUAGUGAACUUUGUUAGUUAAGUUGACAAAUAAAUGCAGUGACCACAACUCAAACACGUAUUUCAAAACCUAGCAGUAGGAAAUGAUCAAACAAGAUGGCAAUAUUUUGUUUCUUGCAGAAUAGGGCUCUAUCUAUCCCUGCUCUCAGAUAUUAUCGUAAGAUGUUGAGCUUAGCACAACCUGUUUUUCCCUAUACUUGUUGCAUGUUACAUUAUCUUGCUGAUAUUUUAACAGUCAAAUUAAAAUUAUGUGAUGUUCUCUUUUGGAUUCCAUUUCAUCCAUCUUUUUGUUUAAACUGUGCUUCUUAAAAAUGCCAAGAGAAAUAUUGUUCACUUGUUGAAACAAGAAGUUUGAAUAGUUUUCUUUGAUCUUUAUAUAGUUUUCCAACAACAUAAAAUAGCUGCAGCUGCAUUGCCUCAUGUUUCCCUCCCCUUUGUACACCCCAUUUAUGUAAAGUAUCUGUGUAAACUAAGAUGGCGUGCAGUAAGGUACACUGAAUUGAUUGUACAUAUUAUCAGCAAGAAAUUGAAUUACCAACAAUAGUCUAUCCAACUUCACUUUAAGGAAAAAUCUAAGUAAAAACAAUUCAUUAUGUAAUUAUAAUCAAUGAGGACCCUAUGCACCAGGGGAUGGGAAUUGUUAAAUGGUUAGUCAGUUAAGCAAAAUAGUCCCAUUCACUGACCAUGGAUCCUUAAUGAACUGAGACGAGUCCGCUAAAGUCAUUUAUUUUAAUUUCAUUUUUAAAGAAACUUCAGCAGUUAAAAUUUCAGCUAGAAUUGUCUAAUAUUGUGCUUUAUUCAUACCACUAUGCAUGAGAUUGCUGAGGUUGUGUUUCUCAAUGUAGAUCUUUAGCAGCUCACCAUAAGUGUUUGUUUUAAUGACAUACUGUAACAUGGUAAGUUUUCUCAGGCAGAUUGACAUAGGUGAAAUUCACCCUUGUGCAAGAGGGCCAGCAAAGCAUGACUUAUUUUGACUGCUUAAGUGGCAUAUGUGCUGGCCCACUGAACAGGGAUGUUUCACACAUAGAAAGUCACACGUUCGUGGGCUGAAUAUGAUCAUACGCUUUGAAGUCAAUGGAGUUAUACCUGUUUACAUCAUCAGUAAAUAUGGUCCAAUGUCAACAUUCUCAUCCUGUCAUGAACAUACAUAACUCAGUUAUGCUGUGGGAGAUCUGUUUCCUUCAGGCAUUUUUCAUUCCUGAAGUAGUUUUUGACAGUGUUUUCCAUCAGCCAUUGUAAAUCAGAAUGGUUGGUCUCUUGAAGGAUGCAUUGAAGUGGGCACUGUGCAUAAAAUUUGAUCAAAGCAGAGGUUCAGAACAAGGCCUCUUCACCUCUUGAGUCCUAGCUGAACAUAGGGUCUCUGAAAAGACCUCUUUAAGUACAGGCUUUGGCAUGUUACACAUUAGAAUUCUUACUCUAAACAGGAGUAUACCUAUUCAGAUAUUUAAUGGGGAAAUCUGCCAUCUCCUUCCCAGUAUUCUCCUCCUGAAUACUCAAUUUCAGUAUCUAGUAUGGCAAGGACAUCAUGACUUGACUGCUUUGGAGGGGUUUUUGAUUUUGUUUUUGUUUUUUGAUAGGGUGGCAUGCAAUCUCUCCUACAGAAGCCGUGCCAUUAUUUUAUAUAUGCAAAAGUGAUUCUAUAUUAGAUGUCGUGCCACAUGUGUAAUUAAUUUGCAUUAUAGUUUCAUGCAUAUAGCAAUCGUUUGUACUGAGGUGGGGUUUUAUUGUUUGGGGACUUUAUUUGUUUAUUACAGAGCACCCUUGGUAUAUUUGUAUAUUUAUUAACAGAUUAAUUAGAAGGAAGAAAGAAUCAUCUCUAAAUUGUAACCAGAAACCUGGGGGGAAAAGUAAAUUGUAAAUUGAGCUUCCAAAAAUAAAUUUAAUCUAAAUUAAGGGAAAAGAUAAGACUGGUAUUAUUAUUAGCUAGGGGUUUUUUUGUUUUUUGCUUUGCCCCAAUGAGCCACAGAUCUAUUUACCUGGUUGUAAACACUAGGCUACACCCAGCAGAAACUCCUUGUACUCUUGCAUGCUUUACUAACAUUGUGUGUGGGGUUUCCAAGCAUUCAUUCGUCUGGGGGGAAAAAGUCAGGUUGGCAGUUUGAAAUGGGUGGUUUGGCUUCUCUAGAAAUUGGAUGAUGAGUCUAAUUCUCAUCUCACCUAGAGCUGAAUCCUGUAAGAUACUGACCUCCCAUUGAAGUCAGUGGCAAUUGAGGGGGCUCAGCACCUAACGGAAUCAAGCCCUUACAUCUUUGUCUCACCAGUGAAAUUCCACUAACUUAGACAGAUUUGGUGUGUGCAUGGACCUGAUAUUUUUUGCUGGCUCUACUUAAUUUUGCAGUGGGACAGGUUUAACUCAGAAAAAGCAAGGGUAGGGCAGCCUUGUAAGCAGCAUAUGGUGUUAAAUUACCUCAGACAAUGUUGAAAAUAAGAAAUAUAGCCAAUACUUGAAUUUACAUGGAAAUAUCUAAAGCACCGAGUGUAUUAAGAGUGAGACGUGGCUGUAAUCUCUCUCUUUCUGAUCAAUGACUUCACCCCUGUUUUCUGGAUGAUUUAUAAAGAAUGGUUUAUUGAAGCAGAGAAGUGAGAAGGGUUACAUUAUGUUAAAAAGCUUUAUGGCAAGGGAGUGUUUUAAUAUUUUCCACAAAGUCAGUGGGAAUUGGAAUUCCAGUAUGAUAUUUCUAUGGUUUUUUCUGGCAUCUCAGGGAUGUUUUGUGUGUGUAAUUUGACAGUAACACGAACCUACCCCUGUAUUAAGUAGUUUGGAAGGAUUUAGCAUGCUGAUGGAGACUUCCAAGGAGAUCAUUACCAGGGCCCUGAUUACUAGAGAGUAAUGGAGCUGUGCAGAGACAGAGUCUUGCCCCUUGGUUAGGGGAGUGCCUAAUUAGCCUUUCUAUGGCUCCAGGAAAGUACCUAUUUCCCUCUCAGAAUUAGCUGUUGGACCCAGGAGACUUAGGACUUGUCUACACUUACCGGGGAUCAAUGCUGUGGCGUUCGUAGUGAAGACCCGUUAAAUCGACCGCAGAUUGCUCUCCCAUUGAUGCCAGUACUCCAUCGGAAGAAGAAGAGUAAGGGGAAUCGACGGGACAGCAUCUCCUGUCGACAUAGUGUAGUGUGGACCCAGCGGUAUCUAAAGCUAUGUCGACUUGAGUUACACUACUAACAUAACUCAUUGCGUAGCUUAGAUCAUCUUUCCCCCAUAGUGUAGACAGCCUCAAAGAACUUAAUUGAGCCAGCAGUUGUGGGGACUAUUUUGAUUUAGAUUGGCUUCUUGGAGGAAGUUAUUCAAUAUUGCAGCCAAAAGCUUUUACUUCAUCUUAGUAAGCUACUCAUCGCUCCUACUACUCUAGUUGAAGGCGAUUAGGUUGAAUUAGAUUUGAUACUUUAUAUUUAUCUAAAUAUAGACACAGGAGAUAGAUCUGGAUACUGAUUAGCUUUCUGAUGUAGGGAAGAAGAUGUUGAAACCUGAAGUUGCCCGGGGUGAAAUCAUGCCUCCAUUGAAGUCAGUGACAAGUCUCCCAUUCACUUUAAUGGAGUAAGGUGUUUUGGGGAACAGAGCUUAACAUGAUGAGGAUGGGAGAGAGAAUGCUUUAGGCAGCAAGAAGUUUGUGAGAGAGUUAAGAGAAGGGUGCAGUGAGAGUGAAAUCUCUGUGUUACUCACUAGGAAAGUCCCUUCCCCAGAACUGGUACUUAGCAUCUGACAUUUGAACAUGUUGUAAUUCUAGGCAAAAAAACCUGAACUGAUCUUUCCCAAUGAGCUUUCCUCCCACUGUUUGUAAGCUGAAUGUGAGAUCUCUCCCACUCACAGCUCAUCUAGUUAUUACUAUGCCAGGUGGCAAGUAGUACAUACCCAGUGCACAUGUCUGCUGUUAAGAACUGCUUUCCCUACUGAAAGUAAAGAAAACCAGAGUGUGAAUUUGGCAAAGAGGAAUAAUGAUGCCCGUUAAAUAUGGUUCAGAUUAUACUUUUGUCUUCAUUAUCUCUAUUUAAAGCUAUUGUUAAAGAUGUACUUUCCCAGUGCUUAACACAAGGCUUCUGGAACUGUCCUAUUGCCACCUAUUAUUAUGUUUUUAAAGUUUACGCAGGCUAAGCAGGUUUGUGGUUGUUGGUUUUUCCCUUUUCAUGGAGGAAUUAUGGAGUUUUACCAGUUAACAUGGAAUGAAAAUCCACUUUUGUAUGCAGGUACAUUGCUCGCUUUCAAGUCAGCUGUGAAUAUUGAAUAUUUUCCGGUACUGCGAUUUUUGGAAAGUAGUGAUGAUAAAAAGUUGCUUUUUAUCAAAAGUGUCCUCAGUCAGAGGUGGCCUUCUGUCCUCAAGAAUGCUGAUUGUUUUUUCAAGGGGAAAGGCAAUUGAAGUCAAUGAAGUUCUACUUUUGCCCUCACAGUCAGCGUGUGUUCCAUGGUGACCUGGAGAAAGUCUAACCAGUGGUAUUUGCACUGCUUAAAGGGAAGUCACCAUUUUAUAUUAUAACCUUUUCCCCUCUUUUCACAUUUUCUGCGGACAAGUGAAUCCCUUUUAUCUAAUUUUGAACCCACUGGAAUAUGGAGGUUUGAAAGUUUGACUUAAAAAUCACUGAGUUCUGCUUAGGAAAAAAGGAACAGAGAAGAAAAUCCAAUGAUAAAAUGAAAGUGAAAAAUUGACGAGAGAGCAGAAUGAAAACCAAAGGCAGAGAGACUGACAUAAUGAAGAAAGAGGGGAAAGAAAAAAAAUUCUCAUAAAAAGUAGACAUAGUUUUAAUGCCAUAUAUAGGAACCUCAUUGUGCCAGACUAUAUUUUUGGAAAGUUCCUCUAUUCCUUAUAAAGAAAAGGAGUACUUGUGGCACCUUAGCGACUAACCAAUUUAUUUGAGCAUGAGCUUUCGUGAGCUACAGCUCGAUGAAGUGAGCUGUAGCUCACGAAAGCUCAUGCUCAAAUAAAUUGGUUAGUCUCUAAGGUGCCACAAGUACUCCUUCUUUUCUUUUUACCCUCCAUAAUGUUCACUAAUCCCUAUUUCUAGCUCAACCAUAAAAAUUUGUUCUGGACAGAAACUUGCUGAAAAGAAAUCCAGAGACAAUUAGAAGUUUUGCUUAUUCCCCCACAAGCUUUUGAGAGGAAAAUAAUGUUUUAGCAAUUUUAAGAUAGAAUUGUGAAGUUAAAAACCAUGUAUAUUUUUGUACGUAUUUUAGCAGUUUGUUUCUUUUGGAUUGCUCAAAAUAAAAUGUAUUAUUUCUUCCAGUAAAAAGGCCAAAUUCUGAUCUCGUUUAGGCCUUGAUUCAGGAAGGUAUGUAAACAUUUGCUUAGCUUUAAGUGAAGAGAUUUAAGCAGAUUCUGAAAAAAAAUAGUUCACAUUGAGCUUAGUUGUGGAACUGGACAGGUGUGUAUGAACUGGGGAUGGAAUGAGGCAUCUAAUUUCUUCCUUACUCGGUUCACCUAUCGCUAACGCUGCCGUAAAGAAGGAACUAAGCUCCCCUGCCCUGUGUAGCUUUAAGGGUCUAAGGUAAAAUAAGAUUACAAUACCAGGCAUGUUCAGAGUUCAUGCUGAAAUAAUGGGCCAUGGAAUAACAACUUGAUAAAAUUGAUCUAUUAUCAUUUAUUCACUCUCUAUACACCAGAAAUGAGAGCCUGGUUCUAGCUCUGGUCCCUUUAUACCAAGUAAAGGGCCAGUGUGUUGUAAAGGGGACCUAAAAGCCCUGGUUCUGUCUAGGAAGAAUUUAUCUGGUGCAGAAACUGAGGCAGACAGCCGUAAGGCUCCCCACGGGUGGCCCUCUUGUAAGUCCUGGCAUAGGGAGCAUGGUGGGGUGGGUUUGGGGGCAGGAGAGGUGUAUUGGGAGUACAGAUUGCAGACAUGGGAGGGUGCCAAAAGUUAGACAGGCCUCUAGGGCUAAAUUAUGUUUGGGGGGGCCCCUCCAGCCCUCAGAGCAGCUCAGGACCAGGAUGGUGCGAAGUUCACUUUAAGCCAUCUUAGCUUCACUUCCCCCUGGGUUGUGAAUUCUGUGCUGCUCCUCUUAGAAUCUCUCUCCAGGACACCAGUUUAGUAGUAGGUUCCAACUUCCAUACAUACCAGAGCACAAGCAAGUUGGGUUAAGGAUAGAGCUUCAGCUGAAUUUUCUUGCAUUUGUUGGUUUAAUCGGAGCCAUUGGCAUUAUUUUCUCACACGGUUUUCUUGAUGCUUUGUUUGUUUUCCUUCACUGGCUUAACCUAGAAAACACUUAGAUCAUUUUCAGUGACCCCAUUUUCUCUGCAAGCAGGACAGUGAACGCAGGCUUCAUGCCUUCUUUCUACCCAGAGCAGCCAGGGCUGAACUGAAUACUUUUUACUCCUGUUCAAACCUUUAAACCUGGGGCUGUAUUUACAGCUUUUGUCCACCUCUGGACAAACAGAAAGCACUUAGCUCUGGAAUAGAAAGCACUUGGCUCAGGGCUGCUGUUUCAGGUUUCUGUCAGUGCCCUCACUGUGGAUCCUGGGUGAAAAGUUUCCACUCCCAGUUUGUGGAAUGUUUCUUCCCCACCCCCAACCCCAAGUUGACAGUGCUUGCCUUGGGUGGAAACAAGCCUCUACAUCAUGCCUUAGCUUCCUUCAGUGUCCCAAGUCAAAAUGGUCCCAGCAGACAUUUGCUAUGAUUCCACAAAUCCUGGGAGUGGGAGGGAAAAUUCUUUUUUGCAAGUGCUCUGGAUUAGAACCCUAAAUGAUGAGAGCCUCACCACAAAACUCUAGAGCAAUGGGGUGGUUUGUUUUCCUUUUCAGAUCCACAAGAGAUUCAAUGUUUGGGCUUCAAUCAUGCAGUGAUGCUUUGUGUACAAAACCUGUACUUGUUUGUUGUAGUUUGCAAAUGUGGAUGGUUUUUUAUAAUAAAUGAUCUGUUCUCAAAUUAUUAAUUAAAAUAAAAAGCUGGUUUUGUUUGA